GACAGGGACACACACCGACACGCACAUUUCUCUCUGCACUGUGGCAGAAAGCACAAACAUUCCCACGUGAUGAUGGAGUUUGCUCCCUCCCUCACUGUGCGCACAAUAGCGCGCUGGCACACCUCCACGCACACGCUCGUUGAGUGGAGACUAAACUCGGUCAGGACUCAAGUCUGGUUUUAGACAACUUUCCACUUUAAAGAAGUUUUCGGGGACAACAUUCAGAGGAGCACGGUCACUCUUCCGUCGCCUUCUUGCAUACAAUGGAGGAGUGAAGUAUUUAUUUUUGCCUUCAAAUGGGAAUUAACUUGCGCGCUUGAAACGUUCGUUCACUUUUCUCCCACGGUGACACUUGGACCCCUUCCUCCCGAAACAUGCUGGAGCAAAUAAGCAUUUCGGACUUUGUGGUCCUGACAAACGAGGAUUUAUCUUCGCCGGGCACUUCAACUUUUCAGUCCAAAAUGAGCGACUGUAGGAACACAGUUUCCACCGUGGAGGAGUCUCUGGAAAUGGACCACACAAUUCUGCAAAGGAUGAAGAAGGUGAUCAAAGUUAUACACACAUCUGGACUCUCUCACGUGGACAACAAGGAGCAGUAUAUCGAGGUGCUGGAGAACCUGGGGAAUAGUCACCUAAACCAGGACAACAAUGAAAUCUCCACAGGUUUCCUCAACCUGGCUGUGUUCACCAGAGAAGUCACAGCUCUUUUCAAAAAUCUGGUGCAAAACCUCAACAACAUCAUGGCGUUUCCUUUGGAAAAUGUGCUGAAGUCAGAGCUCCGGGACAGCAGACUAGAACUCAAGAAACAGAUGGAGAAGAGCUGGAAGGAAUAUGACAUAAAAAUAGGGAAGCUAGAGAAGGAGAGGAAGGAGAAGACCAGGCAGCUGGGGCUGAUCAGGACGGACGUAUCAGAUGGAGGGGAGGACAUGGAGAGGGAGAGGAGGACUUUUCAGCUGCAAAUGUGCGAGUACCUUUUGAAGAUCCAGGAGCUGAAGGUGCGUCAGGGCCCUGACCUUCUCCAGAGCCUCAUCAAAUAUUUCCAGGUCCAGCUCAGUUUCUUUCAGGAUGGGCUGAAAGCUGCAGAGAAUCUUGCUCCUUUUGUUGAAAAGCUUGCUGCCUCUGUGCACACGGUGCGUCUGGACCAGGAUGAGGAGGUGAAACAACUGAGCCAGUUGAGGGAUUCUCUUAGAUCGUUUCUUCAAGUGGAGGGGAAAGAGGAGUACCUGAACAGGAAGAACUCUGGCAAUGGGUAUAGUAUCCACCAGCCACAGGGCAACAAGAAGUAUGGGACAGAGAAAUCUGGCUUCUUGCUCAAGAAGAGCGACGGGAUCAGGAAGGUGUGGCAAAAGAGGAAGUGUGGAGUCAAAUUUGGCUGCCUGACCAUUUCCCACAGUACGAUCAACCGACCACCAGCCAAGUUGAACCUACUGACCUGUCAGGUGCGACCAAACCCAGAGGACAGGAGGACCUUCGACCUGGUCACUCAUAAUCGGACAUACCAUUUCCAGGCAGAAGAUGAUCAGGAAUGUAUGAUCUGGGUGUCAGUACUGCAGAACAGUAAGGAGGAGGCCUUGAACACAGCGCUGGGAGGAGACCAGCUCCACCUGCAGGACAGCGGGCUUCAGGAACUUUCUCGAGCUGUCAUUGCAGAGCUUCGACAUAUGCCUGGCAACGAGGCUUGUGCUGACUGUGGGGCUCCAGAUCCAACAUGGCUGUCGAUGAAUCUGGGCAUUCUGACCUGUAUAGAGUGCUCUGGCAUCCACAGAGAGCUGGGUGUCCACUACUCUAGGAUCCAGUCUCUCACUCUGGACCUGCUGAGCACCUCUGAGCUCUUGUUGGCUGUCAGUAUCGGCAACAUCAGAUUCAAUGAUAUCAUGGAGGCAGGCCUUCCAAAUGACUCUGUCAAACCACUGCCACAAAGUGAUAUCAAUGCCAGAAAGGAGUACAUCGUGGCGAAGUACGCAGAGCGUCGGUAUGUCCUCCGUAGAGAAGAUGCAGAUCCCAGCCGACUCUACGAUGCUGUGAAGAGCCGUGACCUCACUUCUCUUCUGCAGCUCUACGCUGAGGGAGCAGACUUGGCCAAACCACUCAUUCUGCCUGAUGGACAGGGGAUUAAAGAGACAGCUCUGCACCUUGCUGUACGUCUGGAGGAAAGAAGCUCUCUGUCGCUGGUGGAUUUCCUCUGCCAGAACAGCAACUGUCUGGAGAAGAGAACAUCAGAAGGAAACACAGCCCUUCACUACAGCAUUCUACAUCACAAACCUGAGUCUCUCAAGUUACUGCUAAAAGCGAAGGCAGCUCUACAAACAGUGAACUUGGCAGGAGAGACGGCCCUAGAUGCUGCACGGAGGCUGCAGCAUACACAAUGUGUCGAGCUGUUGGAGUUGGCCCAGAAUGGGAAGUUUAACUCUCAGAUUCAUGUGGAGUUCAUGUGGGAGACUCCGUCUCAGGAGCUCUAUGACAGUGAGGAUGACCUGGAUGAGAAGGUGAGCCCGUUAUCCAAAAACUGUCCUCCGCCGUCCUCCAGUGGAGGCAGCGGUACUGCUCUGGCUCGCUGGAGUUCAGCUAAUGGCGCCAAUGCUAGUACAGGCAGCCGGCCUUGUCAGCCUUAUGAGAAUCUAGAUUUCCUAUACAGAAAUCCUCCUGCCAACAGCUCACCUUCUGGAGCAUCAGGACCACCACCCCCACUGCCAGCUAAAUCCAUCCAAAGAGGUCGCUCAGACCCCCAGAUUUCAGUCACAAAACAGGAAGGAACCCCUAUUCCAAGACGCUGUUCUAAUCCGGCUUCACACUCCUCUAGUUCCCAGACACAGGCACGACACAGCCCUCCUUCACCCAGCACAGAGAACCAAGUACAAGGUAGGAGACGCACCAAGUCUCCUCACAGACAGGGAGGUCUGCUCAAGGGACAGAGGCAGACCUGGGAGGGACCUGGUGCUAGUUCCGGUUCUCAAAGCAGUGCCAUGCCAGCAUCCUCUCAGAAUCACAUGGGACCUGUCAGUUCAGAGAAGACCACGUCGUAUCGUCGGACCAACAGUGGAGGAGGCAGCCAGGGGAAAUGUGUUGCGUUGUCUCCCAGCUGUGUAGGCAGCCAGGAGGAGCUGUACUGCAGUUUAGUGGGGAAUAGUCCAGGCCUCCCCCCAGCUCCUGCUCCUGCUCCAGCCCCAUCCCCAACAUCCUCC